UUGCCAAAUUGUCACGGCUAUUUCAAACAACCGCUAAGAGGACAUUUAGCUGAGCGACCGCGCUUUUAAUAACAGACCGGAAGUCGUGGUUAUUAACUCUGUUAAUGACUAACGCGCGGCGCUGGGCGCACGCUUCCUCGAUACUUGGAAGUAAAAAACGUGAUGCGUACCAGCUAGUGUUGAAAGACAAGUGUGCGCAAUGAGCAUUUUUAGAAUAUUUAGGAAAUUACCUCACAGAUAAGGUGCUAUAAGCGGCAGUGCCAUGAAUACUGUAACAAUAAGAAGAGUUUACUUUACAGUGCUAAGGCAAUUAAUGGCGGAAACAAAUUGCGCAAAAUAAAUGACUUCAUGUUCAGACUAUGAUCUUGCCUGAGUUUUUAUAUCGCAACCACUGCAUUCAAUGCAAUCUCCCCCCUUUACAGUUCUCAUUUCUACACUCAUACGGUAUCGCGAAUGCUUUUUGACUGAUUUCUGAACUUACUUAAUAUUUGGAGUUCAUGGCCGGCGCGACCUCGGAAGGUGAACGCAUUAACAGUAUUCACCUACAAAAUCUUGAAAAAAAUUGCAGAGUUUGUGGAAAUCGCCUCAAGAAAUACAAAGACCGGUUCGAAACUAGUUAUAAUUGCAAGGACCACGUAGUAUUUCUUGCUGAAACCUACAAUUUGAGUAUUGAAAAGGACGAUCAGACGAUUCACCCAUCGAAGUUCUGUCGUGAGUGUUUUCGGUCGUAUCGCAUCAACACUCGCGAGGUCGUUUUUUUGGGAAAAACACACUGACACUUGCAGUACUUGCGAAAAAGAAGAGUUUGCAAGAAAAGGAGGAAGACCAAAAAAGUCAAAGCGAGGUGGUGGAAACACAAGAAAAGCGCAGCGACGGAUCUCCUUUGUAGACUCUGUUGCGGCGUUACAAGAUCAAAUAGCCGAUGUGACAAAAGAGAUUGCAAGUCGACGGAUUGAUAAUUUUUCAGAACGGUUUUCAGAACAGAUUGUCCCAGACAAUCAGCGAGGCCCUAAAAGACCCGAGAGAUGGGAAAAUGAAUAGGGAGGUUGCCGAACUGGGGACUGCAGUGGUGCGAGAACUUUCAAAGCGCUCAGCUGACAAAACCGUCUCACUACCAUGCCACGGAAAGUCAUUGGUGUUAAAACACACGCCAAAUUCCCAAAAGCCAAAUGACGAGGUUUCUGUCCGGCAUUUGAGAAGAAGGGUCUCUCAUUUACAGAAGGUCGGUGGGAGGCUAAGCGCGGGUGGGGAGAUGGACACCCUGGUUAUCCAUCACCUGCGACAAAGGGAGAAGAAGGAGCGCGAGGCAGUUCUAAAGAAAGCCCUUGGCAAGGAACUCAUCUUGCAGAAUCCAGAGGGAGAGGCCUUGGCCAUGAAAGCUGACCUCCGCCUACCUUGGUUUGCCCUUGGAAAGCUUAGGCUGUAGGUUUUUAUUUAUAAAAAUCUAAAUUAAUCCUUUGUUAGAAACGAAAUAAUUGGUUGAAAUAGCAACAUAUCUUAAAGUAUUUGUUUCGCUACGACAGGUGGUUUAGUUACUGGAUUUUGUCCACAUUUUGUUCACAAAGCCCAAGAAUAUCGAAGCGGUUUGCCACAGAGUCAUUGAGGUCUGCCAGACUGAGUGUCCAGAACUACUUGGCCAGGCAAGAACUGUCAAGGCAAAAUUCCAACAGUUGUUCAGCUUAUUCAGUGUUUGCCACUUCAAGUACAAUUCUGCGACCCCGAUGUCCCAAGAACAGUUAUCAAUUCUGGGUAAAUACGAAUUGAAAUAGUGCCAUUCUACAACCUGAAUAUUCAAACCUAUUUUGACUUAUUUUUCGCCAACAGAGCAAGAUAUCAAACUACUAUGUGGUUACUACCGCGAAACAGUUCCUGAUGAGUCUUUCCCUUCCAAGUUCAACAUGCUGGAGCACCACGUCGUGGAAUUCAUCAGGCGCUGGAGAUUCCCUUUGGGCUUUUUCGGGGAGCAGGGAGGCGAAUCAAUCCACCAUGAGCUUCAGGCCCUGCACCGUACGCACAGCCAAACAAAGCCGGCUACAAAUCGCCUUAAAGCCAUCAUCUAAGAUCACUACGUGAUCGUUGCACCGGCUAACAGGAACGUUAUUCCUGAGAAGAAACGGCGUAAUCUUAAAAGCAAAGAAAAGCAAUGAAGUUAGAAGUUAGAAUUAAAGGCCGAUAUCAUUGUAUAUAUUUGUAUAAAUUAAGUAAGUACUUAUAGCUUUCGGUUGAAUCAGGCAGACUCCAUUAUUUUAGCAAACGAAAUACGAAAACAUAAUAUUCAUACUAAUUAUUGUAGAAGCUUGCAAAAUAUUUAAGUUGCUUAGAGUUAUCGUAGAGGUUUUCUGAAACCAUAGCAUUAUGAUAGUAAGCGACUAACUUAAACCAAUUUGAAAGCCACAAUCAAUAAAAACAGGUGAAGCCUC